UGUAUUACUGGUGACGGGUGUUUUGUCGUCCAUUUUUGGUUUUUUUUGUAAUAUUCAAUUUCAGACGCCAUUUUUUUCGGCAGACAUAUUUUAUAAACAUUUUAGCGUUAAUUUUGAAAACAAAUUCAUUUGCCGCAUUUCCAUUUAGUUUUUUUCGUUCAAAUAAUUCGUUUCAAUUAAUGUGAAAAAUAGCAUAUAUUGCGUUUUAUUUGUAUGGUGUACCAAAUUUAUCGAUUGUCAGCGAUUUGUGCGUGGCUGUAGCCAUUAUAACCAUUUUCAUAUAAUAUUCCGACAAGAGUUAAGAAAGAUAUACGGCAUAAAAAAGAAUAUAUUCACACACAGCAUUCAAAUCAAAUAACACAUACGCCGUAACGAGUCCAUUGUUUGAAACGCGCCGAAAUUGAUAACUUACGAAAUAUACGAUGUCGAGCCACAACGAUAUCAUGUGUGAGGUUGAAAUAGAUUCGAGUAUUGUGGAAGUCGUCGAUAAUGAGGCUUUCAGUGAUAUGGGUGUUGUGGCUUAUGAUCACUAUGAGGUCAGAGUUGGCGACGAGGAUCAAUAUGAAGAAGUUACCUGCGAAAAUGAUGACUCUCAAGGACUUUUACUGCAGAAUAUUGACGAUGAAGAAGUGAUUCUACAUUCCGAAACGGAUCUACCUGUACAUGAAGAGGUGUUAGAUGCAUCAGGUGAUCCUUUGUGUGUUUAUGGAGACGUUUCAGCUUUGGGCAAUGAAAUUUUUAUCGAAUCAUCGCCAGGCCCAUCUAGUGAUUUACUACCAAAUAGAAAACGAAAGACAGCCGUCAAACAACAAAGGGUUGUGAAUCGUGUACGAGCCGCAAAUGCCGAUGAUUUAAUUGCUAUUGAUAGCAUAGAGCAUAAGCCAGUAAUCAAACCACGUCGAUGGGAGCAAAAACAAGUUCAAAUCAAAACAAUGGAAGGUGAAUUUAGUGUGACAAUGUGGGCAUCAGGUGCAUCAGACGAAGAGGAUGGAUCAAAUCCAGAACCAGAUCCAGAUUACACAGAAUAUAUGACAGGUCAAAAAAUCACACAAGACAGUGUAACUGGUCUCGAUCUAUCGGAUCCAAAGCAAUUAGCCGAUUUUGCACGACCUGGUCACAAAACAAAAACAAAACGACCAAAUAGCACCAAUAUCGAACAAUCACAUGACCGCACAAUAGGAUGCCCGCAUAAAGAUUGCCAUAAAAUGUUCCGUGAUAAUUCAGCGAUGCGUAAGCAUUUGCAUACGCAUGGUCCGCGCGUGCAUGUUUGCGCUGAAUGUGGUAAAGCCUUUGUUGAAAGCUCCAAAUUGAAGCGACAUCAGCUCGUGCACACGGGCGAAAAACCAUUUCAAUGUACAUUUGAUGGUUGCGGUAAACGUUUUUCAUUGGAUUUCAAUUUGCGAACACAUGUGAGAAUACAUACUGGUGAUCGGCCGUAUGUUUGUCCGUUUGAUGGUUGUAACAAGAAAUUUGCCCAAUCAACAAAUUUGAAAUCACACAUUCUAACCCAUGCUCGCGCCAAGCGAAACACAAGCGGCAACAAUCGUAACACACCAACCAUGGCUCCUCAGUCGUUUGUUAAAAUGGAAAUGCCGGUCGAUUUUGAUAGUAAUCAACAAUAUAUCGUUUACACUGAUUAGAAAUAGAAUUUAGAUAUAGAGAUAUACGAUAUGAUUUUUUUUUCUGGUAAAAGUCAUAAAUGGAUAUGGAAAAGUGGGCAAUUACAAUGGCCUAUACAAAAACAAAUUUAAUAUGAUCAUUAUUUUUAAUUAAAAUUUUAAGUUGAAUAAAAAAGGAAUAAUAAACACAUACACUUGAAAUUGCGAUCGAAAGUAAUGCGAAAACAGUUCAAAAUCAUCGAAGGAGCAAAAAAAACUACAUUUGGUUAAAAGCGAACGCUAGACAUGCAACAAAAUAGGAAGAGAAAUUCACCUCAAAAUUAUGAAUCUAGCGCGAAAACCACACAUUUAACAUAAAAAAAACAACAACAAAAUAGUUUAAACAAUUAGUUUUCUAAGCUUUAGUUCGUUACGUAUAGUUCAAUACAACUUCAUCAAUUUUCUUCUUUUUUUUUCUUUUUGAAAAAAAAAAACAACAACAAAAGCUUGAAAACCAUUUAUACAUAUAUAUACCGAUUAUUUACAUACCUCUUAACUUAAGAUAAGAGUGGAAAUAAAGCAUUUUAGCUAGAAUCAAAUACCUCGAGAUAGAUUGUCUCGGUUUCAUUUUAUGCCACUCACGAAAAAAAUGAACACAUUUUUUAUCUAAAAUCAACAAACAAUCAAUAGUCUUACGCAAGUUUUUAACGAAUGCCGCAACAUUUUCCAAAAUUAUUUCUCCCAAAUGUACGUUUUCCGGGAAAUUCAGGAUUUUUUCCCCAAAACAAUUAAUUUCGAAAAAUGUUCCGCCAUUCUUUUUAUACUAAAUGCUAAUGCGUAAUCAUUGAACGGCAACCCCUCUCCCCAAAAAAAAAAA